UUCACAUGCACUCACAACCAGCAAACUUCAGGCUUCCACAACCCUAUCCGCCACCGUCCACCACCAACACUGCCACCGCCCCCUCCUGCGUUCUGGGAGAAACAGCAAAUAUACAUCCGUAAAAUUUCCAAACAUGAUAUCUUUGAAGCAAAUUAAACUUCUCCAAUUCUCAUUUUUAUGUCUCUUAUCACUGACACUCCUGCUCCACAUCACCUUAUCCUACAUCCCAUUCGUAGCCGUCGUCCUCCGUCUCCUCUUAACUCACCUCCACCUCUCCAUAUUUCUCUCCAUUUGCAUGCUCCUCUCGAUCUUCUGCGGGCUCAAAACCCGCCCAAGCCCCGUCUUUCUCAUAAACUACGCGUGCUUUAAGCCGCCACCCCACCGGAAGUGCCUGUACGGGGUAGCUGAAUCCUUUUUACUUCGAAACCAACAUUUCACCCAAGAAACCAUUGAAUUCAUGCGUAAAAUCUACCUUAAAUCCGGCCUAGGUGACGAAACCUACGCACCCCCCUUCAUUUUCGAGGAAGAUACUACUCCCACGCUAAAAUGCGCCAUCCAAGAAGCUCAAGAAGGAAUUUUUUCUUCCAUAGAUGCACUUUUGUCUAAAACCCUAAUCGACCCUCUAUCCAUUGACAUCGUUAUUGUUACAUGCGGUAGCUUUUCACAUUCGCCUUCGCUUUCUUCUCUUAUUGUAAACCAUUAUAACCUCAAACCGGACGUGAAAACUUACAAUCUGAGUGGAAUGGGAUGCGGUUCUGGGGUUUUAUCCAUUGACUGUGCAGCUAGGGUUUUACGUGCCAGUGGAAAAGUCCAACAUGCCCUUGUGGUGAUCACCGAAAGCACAACUCUAAACUGGUACUCCGGUGACAAUCGUUCCAUGCUUGUUACAAACUGCAUCUUUCGCGUCGGAUGCACCGCCGCAAUGUUGACGAAUGACCGGAGUCGCCGCUCAGUUGCCAAGAUGGAACUUGUUGACAUGCUCCGAACUCACCACGGAGCCGAUGACCGGUCGUACCGGGCUGCAUUUCAGGAGGAGGAUGAUAAAGGGUAUACCGGAGUUGCACUUACAAAGGAUUUGGUAAGAGUGGCUGGGGUGAAUUUGAGGGAGCAUCUUACUAUUCUUGCACCGCGAGUUUUGCCACUGAGUCAACUCGUUCUUUACGCGUACUCGGUGGCCAUGGCAGCAUUGUCCCGUGGUGAGUCCAAACCAACUGUGCCUGAUUUUACAGCAGCAUUUGAGCAUAUGUGUAUUCAUACUGGGGGUAAAGCUGUAAUUGAACAAGUGGCGAGGGUUUUGAGAUUGAGAGGGGAGGUAACUGAGCCAGCUCGGAUGAGUUUGAACCGGUUUGGUAACACGUCUAGCAGUCUUGUGUUUUAUGAAUUGGCUUAUUUUGAAGCAAAAAAGAGAGUUAAAAAGGGGGACAAAAUGUGGAUGAUUGCAUUCGGGACUGGAUUCAAGAUUGGUAGCUUGGUUUGGAAGUGGUUGCAAAAUUCAGCUCAAGAAAAUGAUAAUCCAUGGAAUGACUGCAUACAGCGUUACCCUUUGGAUGCUUGGUAGAUUUGACCAUUUAUUUCUUCAUAAUUCAGCUCGAGAAAAUGUUUUUUUUUUUUUUACUUUUUUGGGUGAGGGUGGAGGACAUAUAUUUUGGUCAAAGAUAGACUGAUAGAUGGAUUGCUCUAUUACCAAAGUUGCAUUGGAAGUGUUGCCAUGGAUUGGAAAUUUAUCCUUAAUUCGACAGAUCAAAUAAGGGUAUCUCUGAAGCCAAUUCCUUUUUGGGAUUGCAGAAUUCCAUCGCCACCAACAGUGAUCUGAUCAUUUAAUUGCAGCAGAGAGGCCCAAUGAAAGAGUUUGGCUCCUAAGGGUAAUGGAAGAGAUUUUAUUGCUUUACUUGAAAAGAGUUUCUUUUGGAGGAAAAUAUAAAAAAUAGUGGAAAAACCGCAACAGUAUAAGUUUCAUUUUUUUUUUCUCCUUACUGAAGGAUGUCAAGCAUUUUGUAUUGCAUAUACAGAUCUCACAUUCAAUUGAGAGUAUUUUUAUUUUCA